GCGGUCUGUGGGGUAGAGAAUGUAGUAGCUGAGGAUGAUUCAGUGAGGGAGGGUCUGGUAGUGAUGAGGUUUUCAGUGAGGGAAUGAGGAUAAGCAGUGUCUCUGUAGGAGGGACUGAGGGUGAGGAAUGUUCUUGGUGAGGGAGGGUAUGAGAGUGUCUCAGUGAGGGAAGAUUUGGGGGUGAGGGUCUUGAUGAGGGAGGUUCUUGGGGUGUGGAGGGUCGGUGAAGGAGGUUCUGAAUGGGGAGGGUCACAGUCAGGAUGGUGUUAGUGAGGGGUGUCUGAGUGUGAGGAGGGUCUUAGUGAGGGAGAAGCUGAAGCUGAGGAGGGUCUCAGACCAUGGGACCUCUUACAUUGAGUGUUGGUCUGAGUAUCUCCUGAGGUAGAGAUGGGUCUGAGGUGAGGGAACACUCUAGGAUAAGGGAUGGACUGAGGAAACUCAUGGGGUAAGAGGACGGUGUCUGUUGUAGCAGCUCCAGGGAUGGGCUGAAAAAACUCCUGAGGUAGUGGGAGGGAUCGAGGUGAGGCAGCUCCUGAGAUCAAGGGACCAUCUGACUUGAGGGAUCUCCGUAGGGUGAGAGAUGGCUGGGUCUAAGGGACUGACUUGAGGGAGCUUCUGAGGUAGUGGGGUAGUCGGAGUGAGGGGGCUGCUGAGGGUGAGGGACGGUGUGUUGAGAGGGAGCUCCCGAGGGUGAGGGACGGUAUGUUGUGAGGGAGCUCCCGAGGGUGAGGGACGGUGUGUUGAGGGGGAGCUCCCGAGGGUGAAGGACGGUGUGUUGAGAGGGAGCUCCCGAGGGUGAGGGACGGUGUGUUGAGAGGGAGCUCCCGAGGGUGAGGGACGGUGUGUUGGGAGGGAGCUCCUGAGGGUGAAGGACGGUGUGUUGAGAGGGAGCUCCCGAGGGUGAGGGACGGUGUGUUGAGAGGGGGCUCCCGAGGGUGAGGGACGGUGUGUUGAGGGGGAGCUCCCGAGGGUGAGGGACGAGUCUGAGGUGGGCAGAGUCCCAAUGGUCAGAGUCCACUGAUGACGGGUCUGUUACAGGAAGGUGUCAGACUGAGAGCGAUGGACUCUCCGUGUCAGAGGCAGAGGCAACGUCUGGUGAGGAGCCACAGGGGAACAUUGAACAACAGAUGGAAACCAGGCUGAGGAGGCCACACCGGGAGCACCGGAUACAGUAGAUGCCCCAACAGUUUCACAGGCAAUUGGCUAUAAAAAGAAGAGCAGGCAGAAGACCAGAGCACGGUGUGCAGGAAGAGGAGGGUUGGAGAUGGGAGACUGGGUAAUCGGUGCGGUCUGCAGAGUCCUUGCCAAAGACGUAAGCAUGGAUACAGAGGCAAUGGAAGAAGAGUUCAAUGUCACGGGACUGUGGCCAUUUUAUCUACUGAUCAGUGUGUGGAAUGAAAACAGGACACCCUGCUCAAGAGUUACCUCCUGAGGCCCCUCCAUCUCAUUAUGCAAGAAGACAACACACCAGGAGCAGAAGAUGUCACCAGCCCCUCAAGCCCGGGCCACCACUCAUGGGUUGAUAUGUCCCAGUGCCACACCAGUAUACAAGAACAGAGAAGCCUAUCAAAAGUGGUGGAUACAGCCCAGUGCCCAGGAAAAGCUCUCCCAACCAUUGAGCACAUCGACAAGGAGCGUUGACACAAGAAAGCAGCAUCCAUCAUCAGUGACCCCCAUCAUCCAGACCGUGCUCUCUUCUCACUGCUUCCAUUGGGCAGGAGGUACAGGAGCCUUGGUCUCACAUCACCAGGUCUAGAACAGUUAUUACAGUUCCAUUGAGGAUAACUUCACUCACCUCAAUACUAACCUGAUUCCACAACCUAUGGAGUCACUUUCAAGGAGUCUACAUCUCAUGUUCUCAGUAUUAUUUAUUUAUCUAUUUUUCUUUUUACAGUGCCUUGAAAAAGUAUUCAGGCCCUGACACAUUGUUCACAAAAAUGAGUAUUGCAGCCAAGGAUUUUGACCAAUUUAACUGGGAAUUUUUAUUUGUAAAUCACAUGCUCCUUGUUUUUGCAGUGGAGCCAGGAAAAGAAACAGGGGAAAUUGUAAAGCGUGAAAAACUAAGAAUUCAAAAACUGAAAUAUCAGCAGUUCCAGAGUAUUCAUCCCCCCGCCCCUUUGUUCUGUACAGAAGAGGCCAGGCUGACUCGAGGGAUUUGGAGUGAGGUCGAGGCAGUUUUGGGGCAUGCAGAGUGGAGAAAAGUUGGAUCAGCAGGCCCAGCAUAAAUACAUCCCAGAGAAGAAGUGUUCUAACUGGAGGCUGAGGCUGACAAGGGAAGUCGAAGAUAGCAUAAAAGCAAAAGAGAGGGCAUGGAUCGCAAAAUCAGUGUGAGGCUGAAAGAUUGGGAAGCCGACGAAAACCAACAGAAGGCAACUUCAAAAGCAAUCAGGAGAGAAAUGUGAAAUAUGAAGCCGGUGCGGAAAGUAGUCGUUGAACUGCCGCUGUGUCUUACACCACUCACAGCAGAGAGUGAGGAGGUUGUAGGUGGUCCCAUCUCCCUCCAGUUCACCCAGCAACACCUCAUUGGGAGUCACACAAUGUCACCGGCUGAACUGAGGGUUGUGCUGCUGAUCCUGGGUUUUCUGGUCACAGACUCCGCACUCGGUGAUCCGUGUGAUAACCACACCGUCCUGGAUCAGCCCUGGAGGAGCACGGAUUGUAACUGCACAAAGUGUACCGGUGGAGAAUGGAAGGGAGAUAAAAAUCUUGCAGUGGGAUGGUACAGAUUUAACAGUUCCGGAGGAUCGAAGAUUCCCGAGAUGGUCGUUCCACAGGGUUGCUGCUGCGGGAAGAAAUCAGGCUGGUUAAACGGUCCCCAUCCCAACGUGGGAGAGGGGGAGGUGACCAGGACCGUCUGCUUCAGCAAGGAUGAAAACCCCUGUGAGAAGAACCAGAAGAUCAGGGUGAAAAACUGCUCUGGUUACUUUGUGUAUCGGCUGGAGCCUACAACCGGGAAUGAUUCUGUGUACUGUACAGUCACAGACUCCGCACUCGGUGAUCCGUGUGUAAACCACACCGUCCUGGAUCAGCCCCGGAGGAGCACGGAUUGUAACUGCACAAAGUGUACCGGUGGAGAAUGGAAGGGAGAUAAAAAUCUUGCAGUGGGAUGGUACAGAUUUAACAGUUCCGGAGGAUCGAAGAUUCCCGAGAUGGUCGUUCCACAGGGUUGCUGCUGCGGGAAGAAAUCAGGCUGGUUAAAAGGUCCCCAUCCCAACGUGGGAGAGGGGGAGGUGACCAGGACCGUCUGCUUCAGCAAGGAUGAAAACCCCUGUGAGAAGAACCAGAAGAUCAGGGUGAAAAACUGCUCUGGUUACUUUGUGUAUCGGCUGGAGCCUACAACCGGGAAUGAUUCUGUGUACUGUACAGUCACAGACUCCGCACUCGGUGAUCCGUGUGUAAACCACACCGUCCUGGAUCAGCCCUGGAGGAGCACGGAUUGUAACUGCACAAAGUGUACCGGUGGAGAAUGGAAGGGAGAUAAAAAUCUUGCAGUGGGAUGGUACAGAUUUAACAGUUCCGGAGGAUCGAAGAUUCCCGAGAUGGUCGUUCCACAGGGUUGCUGCUGCGGGAAGAAAUCAAGCUGGUUAAAAGGUCCCCAUCCCAACGUGGGAGAGGGUGAAGUGACCAGGGCCGUCUGCUUCAGCAAGGAUGAAAACCCCUGUGAGAAGAACCAGGAGAUCAGGGUGAAAAACUGCUCUGGUUACUUUGUGUAUCGGCUGGAGCCUCCAACCGGGAAUGAUUCUGUGUACUGUACAGUCACAGACUCCGCACUCGGUGAUCCGUGUGUAACCCACACCGUCCUGGAUCAGCCCUGGAGGAGCACGAAUUGUUCCAACACUGAGUGUACCGAUGGACAAUGGAUGGGUGAUGGAAAUCUUGCAGUGGGAUGGUACAGAUUUAACAGUUCUGGAGGAUGGAAGAUUCCAGAGACGGUCAUUCCACAGGAUCACUGCUCCGGGCAGUACCCAGGCUGGUUAAACGGUCCCCAUCCCAACGUGGGAGAGGGGGAGGUGACCAGGACCGUCUGCUUCACUGUGAGUGAAAACACCUGUUACUGGAGCCGGGAGAUCAGGGUGAAAAACUGCUCCGGUUACUUAGUGUAUCGGCUGGGGCCGACAACCGGGAGUAACGCUGUGUACUGUACAGACUCCGCACUCGGUGAUCCGUGUGUAACCCACACCGUCCUGGAUCAGCCCUGGAGGAGCAUGAAUUGCUCCAACACUGAGUGUACCGGUGGACAAUGGAGGAAUGAUGUAAAUCUUGCAGUGGGAUGGUACAGAUUUAACAGUUCUGGAGGAUGGAAGAUUCCGGAGACGGUCGUUCCACAGGGUCGCUGCUCCGGGGAGUUCCCAGGCUGGUUAAACGGUCCCCAUCCCAACGUGGGAGAGGGGGAGGUGACCAGGACCGCCUGCUUCACCCAGGGUGAAGACAGCUGUUACAGGAGCCAGGAGAUUGGGGUGAAAAACUGCUCCGGUUACUUUGUGUAUCGGCUGCUGCCAGCACCCUUGAGUUACGCUGUGUACUGUACAGACCUGGAGGCUUCCACAAUGGAUCAAUCCAAUGGAUCAUCUACAGGACAACCCAUCCCAUCACCAUCCUCUGUCUCAGAGGGACAGAGAUCCUCAGAUUCCCAGUCGGACACCACUCAGGAACCCCAGGGGUCUGCGACUGGAGGACCUGGUCCGGGUUUGUCCACCACCCCAGCAGGGUCUGCAAGCUCAGAUCCAGAUAGGAGGACAAGCCCCAACGCCGGGCAGGAGAAGCCGACGGACACCACGUGCAAAACCUAUGAGAUGAUCCCAGUGAAUGAGCUCCUGUUGGAUGAGGAGUGUGAGGGGAUGAUCAGCAGUGUCAAAGUGCUGUACCUUGGACAGAAGAACCUGGGAGACCCCCAGGAGCGAGAGGCCUACCUCGAUCAGAUACGUGAGAUACUGAGGAAACAGCUCCCCUGCAAGCAAAUCCUGUCCAGGAGAAAUCACGACAAGGGAAAUAACUGAGAAGGAAGAUCUCAGACUGUGUUUGUCCAACGUAUCACAGGGUGAUGGACGAUGUGUGAAGUGUUCAUGGGUUGUGGUGGGGAGUGUGAGGUUUCAGUCGGUUGUGUGAUGGUGGUGGGGAAUCCAAUAUCAGUGAAAUAUUAGCAUCAAUUAGACUGUGUAUCUGUCAUUGAGAAUCAGGUUUAUUAUCAGUGACAUAUUACUCUUUCAUCUUUCAUUAUUUCUCAUCGAUUGAGUGUAAUAAUGGGUUUAAUCCAAGCAAUGAAAGACACAUUCAGAUUCCUGGGAAGUGUCUCUGUAAUUGUUUCUGUAUUUCCAAUGAUCCAUGGUUACUUUAAUUAAGAAUGUAUUUCUGUUUUACUUCAGUUGUGAUGUUACAUUCAUUUAUGACUGUUAUUAAAAGUAAUAUCAUAAAGACACAAAAUAAAUGAACAUUCCCAAACAGCUUGCGGAGAAAGGAGACUGUUUCUGCACAAUUGAUCUUCCUUUGCAUGUCAGCUGUUUGUCGGUCUUUAUUUAAGUGUAGAUUUUGGUAAGUUGUAUCGUGCUUUAUUUUCACGUGAAUGCUUGUAUGAAAAUGAGUCUCAGGGUAGUAUAUGGUGAUGUAUACGUACUUUGUUAAUAAAUUUACUUUGAA